GCUGUGAACAUGGCAGCUUCGUACGCGUGCGUAUUGUUGAUACCUUGACACACUACCAAACUACUGUGAACGAUUCCAAUCAAGAAGACGCUCUUUAUGUAAGAAGUCGGAGUACCUUUGCAACUGACGAACGAGUGUUGCAAAUUUCAAGCUCACUGAAACAAAGAAAAUAGGCUCACACGUCCACACGCAGCUGUCGUUUUCUCAAGAGCGCCAGCUGCCUUCAACACCAUCGAGAACCGUAAUGCCUUCCUCUCGCCUGUUCAUAAAUUCCAAGGAUAUUCCGCGGAACGCCUGCUCCUCGCUGACAGUGUCGCCGUCUCCAAACUCGAGCUAUUGUGAAAGCUCCGCAGUAGAUUGGCUCGCACUCUUUGUGACACGGUGACUUAUCGGGGCGUUGUUUAGGAUAAGAUCAUACGAGCAGCUGGGAUCAGCUGACUCGGUACUUAUAUCGCCUGGAUGACCGUCGGCGCAGCGCUCAAGCAAAACUUUCUCUGCAGGUCGAAGGCCGUGAGAGAAUCGUCUUCAUCCCAACGUUAGAAAUGAGCCAGGACGCGAGCGGCGGCGGAGCCAGGUACGCGCCCUACGGCGACAGCCUGCAGGCCGGAUCUCUCAUGGAGGCGAGCACGGACCCGGGCAUCCUGGCGACCGCGCGGGUCGAAGACGUCGGCGUCGUCCGGCCCACCGUAGGGCGCCGGAUACUGGACGCCGUGCUGCUGGUCAGGCUGGAGAUCUUUCUGGCGUUGUUCAUCCUCUCGAGGUUCAUGACCAUGACACCCAUCCAGGACCUGCUCCUCCAGAAGGCCUGCCUCAACCGGAUGCACUACAACGAGAGCAUCUGCUCGCACCUGGACGACUACGAGCACAUCAAGACCGAGGCCGAGAAGGCCGCGAGCAUGACCAGCAUGUUGCGCACCAUCGUCUCGCUCGCGCCGGGCGCCAUCAUCGCCAUCUUCGUCGGACCCUGGUGCGACAAGUACGGCUACCGGACGCCGCUGCUCAGCGCCAUGACGGGCUUCCUCCUGAGCACGGCGCUGACCAUGAUGACCGUGUACUACAUGUGGAUGCCUCUCUACGUGAACAUCCUGUCGUCCAUCCCGGACGGCUUGAGCGGUGGCUUCAUCGCCGUCUUCACGGCCAUCUACAGCGAGGCCACCCUGACCACCAACUCGGAAAGCAGGAGGGCGCGCUUCUUCGCUCUGAACUUCACCAUGUCGCUGUGCUCCCCGCUGGCGGGUUUCAGCGGAGGCCAGCUGUACGGUCACUUUGGCUGGAUGAUGGUGCUGUACGUGUCCUUCGUCAUCGCCAGCUUGUCCAUCGUGUGGGUCUUGGUGGCCAUCAAGGACUUGGUAAAGCCCGAGCACGCCCUGGACGGACCCUGGGUGAAGUUCCGCAACCUUUUCGAUGUGACCAACCUGGCCGAAGGUUUCAGGACAUCGAUGAAGCCCCGACCGAACAAGGGAAGGGCUCAGCUCUGGUGCCUCUUUGGCGCCGUCUGCUGCGUCGUGUUCGACUUGGCGUCCUUGGGCACCAUGUACUACUACGUGCGCAAGAUGUACUCCUGGACGGUGGCGCACUACGCGACGGUGUCCUCAAUAUCCUCGGUGAGCAACGUGGCCAUGAGCGUGCCCAUCAUCUACCUCUUCGUGAAGGUGCUCAAGAUCAGCGACCCCGCCAUGGCGCUCGUCGGCGUCUCCUUCGCCGUCGUGCAGAUGACCAUUCUGGGGCUCGCCUUCAAGGAGUGGCUCUACUACCUGCACUGUGUUUUCGGCAUCCCUACUUUCCUGGGCCAGGUCGGUGUGCGGACCCACAUGUCCAAACUGGUGGGACAGGACGAAGUGGGCAAGGUGUUCGCCUUCCUGGCCUCAUUCGACGCGGUGGUGCCCGUCCUGGGCGAGGUGUUCAUCACGUCACUGUUCAACUGGUCUAUCGACUUCCUGCCGGGGCUGCCUUACCUGGUGGCCGCCGGAAUCACCUGCAUCUCCGCCGGACUCAUCGCCUACGUGGCGAGGGUGCAUCGGGAAGGCGUCAAGUACGAAGACAUGCUCAAGCAGGAGGCGGUGCCGGCACCCAUCAACGACUGAAGAGCUGGGCCGGCGCGACCCACCUAUCGAUCACGCCCAAAGCUGAUAUUAUAUGGCGGCGGCCACAUGAAACGCAUUUCCGACGUAUUACCCGGAGUGUCGUCUUACAGGGUCCUCGCGUCCAUUUUUUACACCUCGCGAGAACGGCGACGUUUUCUUCGGCCGCAGUGCGCAUCGCGAGGUACUUUCUGCCGCCGGUGUGAACGCGUGGGGACAAUGUUAGGCCUAAAUUACCGCGUAUAGUCGUGGACAAGCGUAAAGGGGAUGACGACAUAACUCCGAAAAUAUGUCGGAAACGCGUUACUUGUGGCUUCAGCUUUAGAGUUUAAUGUAAUAGAGCGUUUUAGCAUAGCGUUAUCGUUAUACCGUUCAUGUUGCCGAAAGCGCCUGCAUCCUACUGCGCAUGCGUGGCUGUGCCAUGCAUUCGAGGUGGAAAGCGGGGCGUAGUUACGCUAUGCUAAAACGCUCUGAUGACGCAGACGUCUCCUGCAGCGUUUGCAUGGAUUCGCCAGUAACGUAUCGAAUCGCUACGCCUGUUGGAUAUGCGAGUUGGCUUCAGCGAAUCCAUGUAAACGGCUAACAC